UAAACAUCAAAAACCAAUAUUUAUCUUACGAGGAGAGCCAUCAUGGGAGUUCAGUUCACUUACAAAUUCGCAAUGGACAAUUAACAAAUUCGACGCCGAAAUGAAACAUUCGCUCAGCAAAAUGAAAACCGACUUCGUCCGUCUGAUACCGGCAGCUUUGAUAUUCGUCUACGCCACAUACGGAACGUGGUAUCUGCUGAAGGAAAUAUUCACCAGUUUCGUGCCCUUUACGCUGGUGUCGACGGGCCUUCUGGUCGUGGUGGUGACUGUAUUAAGGAUACCGCCACCGAAUCAGCUCGCAGUGGAAACUAUCCUGGGGAAAGAGCUGCAAGAGGACGGUGGAAUUGCUGUAAAAACCGUGGCCCACCGGGGCGCAGGACUGGACGCUCCCGAGAACACUCUAGAGGCUUUCACGAAGUGUCACGAGAAAGGUUGCGAUGUGGUGGAAUUCGAUGUGAUGCUUACAUCGGACGGUGUUCCCAUAAUAUUCCACGAUAGAAACACCGAAAGGGUAUCGGAUACAAAUGUAAUCGUUCGCAACAGCACGUGGGAGGAAUUAUCCAAAAUUAACGUAUCUACUAAGCACGCUUACAGAGAUUCGUUUCCGAAUACUCGCAUACCAACUUUGGAACAAGCUGUCGAGCAUAUGUUAAACAUGGGACAACGGAUGUUCAUCGAUCUUAAGGAACCAAACAAAAAAAUCGUUCCUAUAAUUACAAAAUUGUUCAAAAAGUACCCCGAAUUGCAAUCCAAAGCCGUCGUUACCAGCUUCUUUCCGAAUCUGAUUUAUUUGAUAAGAAAAAGCUCACCUAACAUCGUAUGCUGCUUGGCUUGGAAGCAAAACAUAUUCAAAGACGCGCUGUUGAACUACCAGGAAGGAGGCAGGCUGAACAAACUAACGAAAUUCCUAAUAAAAUACACGGUGAUUGCAUUGGAAGUGGUCCACAAUUGGGCAUUGCCCAGGAUUACCUACUACGUACUGGGCAUAUCCGUCAUUCUACUUCACAAGGACUACGUUUGUAGAGGUACGGUGGAAAUGUGGAAUUCCUUAGGAGUCAGAGUGAUGGCUUGGACGGUGAACAGUCCUAUCGAAAAGCAACAUAUGACCCGUAAUCUACAGAUAACCUAUCUCACCGAUACGUUGACUGGCGAAAAUACCGUUCACAACGUAGCUCUAAUGCAAAACAGCUGAUAAACGUGAUUUGUAUCGAGCGAUUUUAAAUUCUUUGUUACAUAUCAACAAAGCACUAGAUUCGUCUUCGACGAAUUUCAAAUAACAAAUCGCGUUUUUUUUUGUAUUCUAGAUUAAUUCGUGUUCGAGUUGAAUUAAAAUUUCCGAUCUCAGCGAUUGCCAUUAAAAUGAUACGACAGUAUCAAUUUCGUACUGAUUUUAAUUUGAAAUUAAACGUAAACAAACCAAAGAUGUAUCAGUAUAUGCUUGUACUGAAUAAAUUUAUGUUAUUUUAUUUUGAAAAGUAAAAAUUUUUAAUUUAUAAAUACAAAUUGCACACACUUAAUAUUCUGAUAGAAAUAUUAUGCGUUUUAUUAUUUUAUACGCAGCUAUAAACGUACUUUUUAUAUUAUAUGUUCCUUUGUAUUUAAUUAUAUUUUAUUACACACUUUACAAG